AUGCCGCCAGCAAAUGACGGGCCCCAGCUGGAUUGCGCAGCGUCAUCUGGAGGGAAUUUGGCAGAUGAACCAUUCAGCCCUCGAGACUAUAGCAUUCAAGGCCAAAUCGACUUUCAAUUGACGAGUGACGCAUCCGUCGAGACUUUGGAGACUGAUGGCGAACUAGCUAUAUCUGAAACAACCACGCAGAUUGCCCCGAUGAUCCUGCCAGACUUGGAUAUUACCGACGAGGCAUAUGCUGAGAGCACCAGCACUAGCUAUGUGACCUCGAUCGCUUCGGAGAUCUCGCGAGGGAUCCUGGAGAAUGAACGAUUGUACCCACAAUAUGGUAAACACAGCUAUGGAAUGCCCAUUGACGAAGCAGAAAUGGAUCGAAUGGACCUGCAGCACCGCAAAUAUGAGAUGGUCGUUGGCGAAAAGCAUUUCCUAGCACCUAUUGGCGAGCAACCUCAGCGCAUUCUCGAUCUUGCCACUGGCACCGGCAUCUGGGCUCUCGACGUGGCCGACAUGUACCCCUGUGCACAAGUUCUAGGAGUUGACAUUGCGCCGAUCCAGCCCAAGUGGGUGGCCCCAAACUGUCAAUUCGAGAUUGACGAUAUCGAGGACACGUGGACCUACCGGAAAGAAAGUUUUGACUUCAUCCAUUUGCGGGAUCCGCUUUAUGUGGUGCGGGACUGGCCGAAACUGAUGCGACAGGCGUUCGAGCACACCAAACCCGGAGGCUGGUGUGAGUUGGCUUCAGUCUAUCCCUGCGCCAUGUGCGAUGACGGGUCAAUGCCGGAAGAGUCGAUGUUCAAGUUCAUUUGUGACCGCUUUAUUGAGGCGUCGUAUGGACUAGGAGCUCCGUUGGACUGCUGCCUCCGGUUCGCGGAGUACCUUCGAAACGCUGGGUAUAUCGACGUCGUGGAGCACAUUUUCAAGAUUCCCUCUUCUCCAUGGCCCAAGGACCGACGGAUGAAGAGGAUUGGGGCGCUGGAGCUGACCAACUUGAUUGAGGGAGCAUCGGCAUUUGGGUUGAGGGUCUUUUCCCACACCUACGGCUGGAGUCGAGAGGAGACGGAGCUGGCCAUGAUGGGGUUUCGGCAGGAUGUCAAAAACCGGAACUAUCACCAGUACGUGCAAUACUAUGUGGUGUAUGGCCGCAAGCCGGCGCGGGAAGAGCUAUAG